AAAGACGAUGGAUGUUUACAGGAGGCAUCAUUAUUAAUCAUGAAGUUCUUGGCACUAGUCUCGAUAGUAACAGUAGCCGCUGCAGUGCCCCAAGGCUACAAUCUAGGCACACCAUCUGGAGGUGGACUCACACAUGGUGGAUCUAUAGAUGGUGUUGCAGGUGGAAUUGGCGUUGGCGGAGCAGAUGAAGUUGGAGGCCUUGUUGCUGGUUGUCAGGAUGGCCAAAUCCUACACGUGGAUGGUUCUUGUGUAACUCCCGUCAUUACUAGAAAAGUGUUCUUAUAUGAUGCCCCUGAAGUACCUGAGGGCCCAGGCGGUCCGCUUCCGAGUGUUCCACCACCCAAAGUAGAGCACAAUAUCCUCUUUGUAAGCGUCCCAGAAGCUGCCUCACCACCUGAACCCAUCAUUGUCCCUCCACCUAAGCAGACAAGUGCUGUUUACGUUUUAAAUAAACAGGAAGAAGAGGCUCAACAAGUCAUCGAGGUUGCGCCUGCUCCAGCCUCUGAUCCAGAAAUCUAUUUCGUGAACUACCAAGAUGGAGAAAACCCAACCCUUCCUAUUGGAGUAGAUCUUGAGACUGCCCUCAGUGUUGCCAGUGCAGCCGGUGGUGCAGUUAUCGGAGGUGCUGGUGCUCUCGGUGUUGGCGAUGACCUGGGUGCAUUAGGCGGCGGCGAGGGAGCUAUUGAAGGCUUCGGAGGAGUUAGUGGAGGAUUUGGAGACAGUGGAGCAGGAGUUGACGGAGGAUUUGGAGGCAAUGGAGCAGGAAUUAACGGAGGAUUUGGAGGCAAUGGAGCAGGAAUUAGUGGAGGGAAUGGAGCAGGAAUUAAUGGAGGUUUUGGAGGCAAUGGAGCAGGUGGUAAUGGAGGAUUUGGAGUUGAAUUUGUUGGUGCAAAUGGGGGAAGCGGUUCUUUUAGUGUUAGUAGCGGCAGCCCAUCAAACCUCUACAACAACCCUUAAGAUAAUUGAGGCUUAUUUUCGAUUCAAUACAUUGUUAUCUAUUUUUCAUUUGUGAUGUUUGUUUGCGUGUUUAUAAGUACAACUGAAUAAAGAAUUUAUAAAAUUAAAAAGGAAAAUGUA